GCACCGGGGACCGCUCGGCAGCGCCUGCAUCCCGGGCUGCGAGCAUCCUCGGGGCGGGGGGGGGGAACCGGGACCGCGGCUCCUCCGCACGGGGCUCCGAGCCAUGGCCGAGAUCACCAGCGUCCAUCCCGGCUUCGAUGUCUCUCCUGUCGUGGCUGGCCUCAUUGGUGCUACCGUCCUUGUGGUGUCUGUCUCCGUAACAGUUUUUGUCUGGACAUGCUGUCACCAGCAAGCAGAAAAGAAGCACAAAACCCCACCGUAUAAAUUCAUUCAUAUGCUGAAAGGCAUCAGUAUCUACCCGGAGACCUUGAGUAACAAGAAGAAAAUCAACCGAAUCCGGAGAGACAAGAAUGGCACUCCUAAGGAGGCUGGAAGGGGAAACCUCUUGGUGGAUGCCGCUGAAUCUGGUUUAAUAGGCUCUGAUAAGUCUCCAGAUGGGCCAAAUGCAGUCCCUCACGUCGACCAGCUCCCAAUAAAAGUGGAUUAUGGAGGUGAACUAAGUCCAGAUCAAAGCCUCACUCCAGGAGGAAGUAAAACCUCCUCCCCAUCUUCUCCAGGGGAGGACGUCACGUUGGGUGAACUGACUUUCUCAGUGGACUACAACUUCCCUAAAAAAGCGCUGGUAGUCACUAUCCAGGAGGCUCACGGACUGCCAGUGAUGGAUGAGCACACUCAGAGCUCUGACCCUUACAUCAAGAUGACAAUUCUUCCAGAUAAAAGGCAUCGAGUGAAGACUCGUGUGCUCCGCAAGACCCUAGAUCCGGUCUUUGAUGAAACCUUCACCUUCUAUGGGAUCCCGUACAGCCAACUUCAGGAUUUGGUCCUUCACUUCCUCGUACUGAGCUUCGAUCGCUUUUCUCGAGAUGAUGUGAUUGGAGAGGUCAUGGUGCCCCUUGCUGGGGUGGAUCCAAGCACUGGAAAGGUUCAGCUGACCAGGGAGAUCCUCAAAAGGAACAUACAAAAAUGCAUCAGCAGAGGGGAGCUGCAGGUGUCCCUCUCCUACCAGCCCGUGGCGCAGAGAAUGACUGUGGUGGUGCUGAAAGCCAGACAUUUGCCAAAGAUGGACAUCACUGGCCUCUCAGGUAAUCCGUACGUUAAGGUAAAUGUUUAUUACGGAAGAAAGCGCAUAGCAAAAAAGAAGACUCACGUGAAGAAGUGCACUUUGAAUCCCGUCUUCAACGAAUCUUUCAUUUACGACAUCCCCGUCGAUCUCCUUCCCGACAUCAGCAUCGAAUUCCUAGUUAUCGAUUUCGACCGUACCACGAAAAAUGAAGUGGUGGGACGGCUGAUUUUGGGAGCGCACAGCAUCACUGCGGGCGGCGUGGAACACUGGCGAGAGGUGUGUGAGAAUCCUAGAAAGCCAGUUGCCAAAUGGCACAGCCUGAGCGAAUACUAGCAGAGAUUCGGCAGCAGCAGCCGGCUCGUAGAACAGACUUAAACCUUGUUUUAGCUGUAGAACUAAACUUUUCGUAAGCAGCAGCAGCUGAUUGGUUCUCUAGUGAUGUGAUUUUGCAGGGCACUAAAAUUCUAAAGAGCAUUAAAACAAAAAAAAAGAUACCACGAGUAUAUAUAACAGUGUAAUCACGCUAUUGCAUGCCUAAUACAAACUGAAAUUAGUAUAACUACCGAUAUCAAGUUGCAGAUUUUAAUACAGUUAUCUGUCACUAUGGAAGUUGUGUUUGUGCCGAACUGUCUUUGCUGGUAUUCACCAAGAUUGGCCUGUCUUUAUUAGGCUUCUCCCAAAGUUUCUGAAUUCUGUUUAACCUCUAGUUUCUUGUUUGUUUGCCUGCCCGUUGGUUCUUGCCGUUCUGUUCUUUGCUG